AUGGCUGAUAACCUUAAUUGCAGCAGGGGUAACUGCUCCAGCGCGCAGGAAGCGUUUGGUUUAUCCGAGGGACACUUUGCGCUCGUGAAAGCUGCAGUUCUUGGGUGCAUUUUCGUGCUGGCAUCAUUUAGCAAUUUAUUCCUCCUCCAUGCCCUUUGGAAAAGACGGAAAAGACGUACUCGAACUCAGCUGUUUCUUCUGCACCUGUGCCUGGCUGACCUGGUGGUCGCUUUCUUCCAAGUCCUGCCGCAGUUAUCCAUGGAGAUUACGCACCUGUUCAAAGGCUCAGAUCUGGUGUGCAGAGCAGUUAAGUAUCUUCAAGUGGUCGGGAUGUUCGCGUCCACGUAUAUGAUCGUGGCCAUGACCAUAGAUCGCUAUCACGCGGUCUGCAAACCCAUUGCGUCGUUCUUCAGGGGGUCUUUCCGCAGGUAUGUUGCCAUAAGCGCAGCAUGGCUCAUCUCCCUGGCGUUCAGCGCUCCGCAGAUGUUCAUCUUCUCUCUCCAAGAAGUUGAGAAGAAUGUUUUCGACUGCUGGGCGACAUUUAUUGAGCCCUGGGGAGGCAGAAUAUACAUAACGUGGAUCACUCUAUCCGUGUUUGUUCUGCCAGCCGUAAUCUUGAUGUAUUGUCAGAUAAAGAUUUGCGCAGGGAUCUAUUUCAACAUGAAGAGGAAAGCCUUGCAGGGCAGCACGGGUGAUGGGCGCUCCAGCUCUAAAGGGAUAUCAAGCGCAAUUAUGAAGACUGUCAAAAUGACUUUCAUUAUCAUCCUGGUGUACACCCUCUGCUGGAGCCCAUUCUUCGUGGUCCAGCUCUGGUCAGCUUGGAGUCCAAGCAGUGCGCCCACGCAAGGGCCAGUGUUUGUCACUAUCAUGCUCCUCGCCAGUCUUAACAGCUGCACAAACCCAUGGAUCUACCUGUACUACAGCUAG